AUGUGGUUGUGCAACGAAUCUCCAGAGCAGUUUUCGUCUUGUAAACCUGGAACUCUGUAUUCGUUGAACAAAGUCUCCCCGGAUCCCCCCUCUCCUGAGUGCCUGACUCCCGUGCACACUGGUGACCUUGUGGAGUGCAGACACCAGCUUUUCCCUUCCACACUUACACAGCCUUCUCCGCCCUUUCUUCAUGGUGAAGAUCGAAUCCCUAAGCCUGUGGUGUGUGAGACCCUUCCUGUGCUCCUUGCCUGCAUCACACCGGCUUUUCCUCCAAAUGCCAUCACUGUAUUUUUUUACUGCAGUUCAGUGACUAUAUUCUUCACCAUAAUCAAAUUGGUCAGCUAUCGCCUACACCUCAUGUUUGAUAAAGGAGAAGUAAUUCAGCAGAGGCCCUCCAAAAAGAAAGAAAAGCCAAGUAAAGACAAAGAGGCCAACAAGGAACACAUGACUAAUCACAAAAAUCAAAGCAGCACCAGGCAGAUUAACAAUGGCAAAAAGGAAGAGCCUCACCGGAACCUCUCCACGCCUCCCCUCCGCUGCAGCUCCAGAGGGCAGAGCAUAAACUCUCAGCACUCAUCUGGGCCACUGGAGUUGCCGGCACAGGAAACAGUGGAAGAUCUCAAAGGUGUCAUUCUCUCAGAAGACCAACCUGUAGCACCUGUGUUAUCUACCUCACCUGGUGUCAGAACAGGAAGUAAAGUGUGCGCGCCGGAAACCACCACCACGCCAGCGAUCCCCAGGAAACCAGCUGUGGCAGGAAGUCCAGCCAGCGACGAAGGGAAAGAGAGGGGAGGCAGGCGGCAGCCCCCACUCCGCCACAGGUCCGAGGGCGGCUUAGUGGAGAAAGAAGCCUCGAAGAAGUUGCCACACCUGUCUCUGUCUCAGUACGACUUACUAGAAACCGAUGUCUCUUUCCAGCCUUGGGGGAGUGAGAAUUCAGUCCUGAGUCCCGAACCGGCGAAUUACGCCUCGGGCUCCUUACGGGACCGGUGGCAAAGGGAGUCCCCUCCAGACAGCCUGAGCAGUAGCUGCCCUCAGUGCAACACUGUAAUCGCCAGACCUGCACGUGCGUCACCGGAUGCCUCCCGGCAGGCGGACCCGCCCUUGAAGCAGGAAGUGGACUACUCGGACAGCGAGGUAGCUGUCACUCUCAUUGAUACUUCUCAACCUGGAGACCCACUGAGUCUGCAUGAACCCAUUAAAAUUGUCAUCACCAUGAGCAGUACUCCGAACUCCAUGACAGACUUGGAAAGUUCGCUCCACCUAAAGGUGAUUGGCACUGAGAGAGCUGGCUUCACGUCUGACGCUGAGCCGGCUGCCCCGGGGGUGGCCAGUCCUCCCAACACGGAGCAGAUAAGAAUUCCUGUCAUCACACUGGAGCUCUCUGAGGAUGGGGCAGGAGGCGCCGUGUGUCCCGAAGGCAGUGGAGGUGACAGGAGUCCUGAGAGAUUGAUGGUGGAGGCAUCAUCCAAUCAGUGUUCUGGCUACGAAUCUGGGGAAGGAGGAAAUGCGACAAAGGAUGGCAGUCCUUCCCCCACAGGAGACCGCUGUGAAGCAACCCCCCCGUUCACACCUCACGCGGCCCCUGAGACAGAGGGGGGAAAGGAAGGCCAGGCUAACCUUGACCCAUCAUCUUGUAAAACCAGCCAUGAAAAGAGACACGCCCGGGUUCUCAGCGUGGACAGUGGUACAGAUGUCUUCUUGAGCAAAAGUUCCGCAGAAAUUAUUAGCGAUAAAGAAAAAACAAUACCAACUUCCAAAUCUGACCUGGAGGCUAAGGAAGGACAAAUACCAAAUGAAUCCAACUUCCUCGAAUUUGUCUCCCUAUUAGAGUCAAUCAACACUUCCAAGCUGGCGGCGUCCAACCAAAGGAACAGCUCAGUGGAGCAGAACAAAGACAGUGGGCUUCUCGGAGAUACCUGCUCCCAGGAGAAAAGGGAGGAAAUCCAGGAACGUGAAAAGCCUAAUGGACACAGUUCCAAACAAGGAAAACCAGACGUGCAAAGUCAAGACCACACUAGCACCAGCCCCGUGUUCACGGAGCCUGCCAAGAUCACGACCCUUUUCCAGGGCAAUAGACAAAGACAGAUAAUCUACAGGGUAACUUCCCAGCAAGACAGCUCCGUCUUGCAAGUUAUCAGUGGGCCUGAAACAUCUGUGCAAGAUGAGAUGUCUGUGGACGCUAUGCAUGUCUUCAUCGACGAACACGGGGAAAUUAGAUCCUGUUAUUUAAAGUCUGGAAAUCAGAAAGAAGGCCCUUUACAGCAUCAGCCAUCAAAUUAUGACAGUUUCUCUCGUGCUCGAGACAUACAGAUCAGCUCCUCCAGUACCACGACUUCUGAGAGUCAGGAUCCUUCUUCUGGGGACCCUGCGGUCAGUGCGCUUCAACAACAGCUGUUGCUAAUGGUGGCUCGGAGGACCCAAUCGGAAACCCCGCGGCAUCUGAGCCAGGAUCUGGAAGACUCGUCAUGUUCUUCAACACAAGGAAAAUUUAACCGAGAGCAGUUUUAUAAGUUUAUCAUUUUCCCUGGCAAGUGGAUUAAAGUCUGGUAUGAUCGACUUACCUUGUUGGCGUUACUUGAUCGAACUGAAGAUGUCAAGGAAAAUGUGCUGGCAGUUUUACUCAUUGUCCUGGUUUCCCUACUCGGAUUUCUGACCUUGAACCAAGGCUUUUGCAAAGACAUGUGGGUGCUCCUCUUCUGCCUUGUCAUGGCCAGCUGCCAGUAUUCCCUGUUAAAGAGCGUUCAGCCUGACCCCGCCUCGCCAAUACACGGACACAACCAAAUCAUAACAUAUAGCAGACCAAUCUAUUUUUGUGUGCUGUGUGGCCUUAUUUUGCUUCUUGACACAGGGGCCAAAGCCCGGCACCCUCCCACUUACGUUGUCUAUGGCCUGAAGCUCUUCUCUCCAAGGUCCCUCCAAUCAGCUAGGGACCUGUUAAUAGCCGUUUCCGGGAUGACGUCGGCUGUUUACAGCGUGGCCCGGAGUGCCGCCUCCGCUGCCCUGCUCCACGUGCUCUGCUUCAGCGCCGUGAAGGAACCGUGGAGCACUCAGCACAUCCCAGCGCUGUUUUCAGCCUUCUGUGGCCUCCUGGUCGCGCUUUCCUACCACCUGAGCCGGCAGAGCAGUGACCCCUCUGUGCUCCUGUCCUUCAUUCAUUGUAGAUUGCUUCCUAAAUUUCUACAUCAGAACCUGGAAGAGUUGGCCGCCGACCCUCUUCCUAAGAAGAUGAAAGGCUCAGUGAAGGAUAUCUUAAAAUCGGAUCUCAUUAUCUGCUCAGUGGCUGCCGUUCUGUCAUUUGCAAUCAGUGCCAGCACUGUGUUCCUGUCCUUGCGACCAUUUCUCAGUGUCGUGCUGUUUGCCCUGGCUGGCUCGGUGGGGUUUGUGACCCAUUACAUGCUUCCUCAGCUCCGCAAGCACCAUCCGUGGAUGUGGAUUUCACACCCCGUUCUUAAAAACAAAGAAUAUCAGCAGCGGGAAGUGAGAGAUAUUGCCCAUCUAAUGUGGUUUGAAAGACUCUAUGUCUGGCUUCAGUGUUUUGAAAAAUACAUCCUGUACCCAGCAAUAAUUCUGAAUGCCCUCACUAUUGAUGCAUUUUCAAUAAGCAAUUACCGGAGACUCGGUACCCACUGGGACAUUUUCCUGAUGAUCGUUGCCGGCAUGAAGCUGCUAAGGACCUCCUUCUGUAACCCCGCUCAUCAGUUUAUUCACGUGAGCUUCACUGCGAUCUUUUUCCAUUUUGACUACAAAGAUCUGUCAGAGAGUUUCUUACUGGAUUUCUUCAUGGUGUCCAUUGUGUUCAGCAAGCUCGAGGACCUGCUUCACAAGCUACAGUUCGUCAUGACAUACGUGGCUCCUUGGCAGAUGGCUUGGGGUUCUUCAUUUCACGUGUUUGCUCAGCUCUUUGCAGUCCCUCAUUCUGCCAUGCUUCUCUUCCAGACGAUGGCCACCUCAAUCUUUUCUACCCCUCUGAGUCCAUUCCUCGGGAGUGUCAUUUUCAUCACCUCGUACGUUAGGCCAGUGAGAUUCUGGGAGAAAAACUACAACACACGGCGUGUGGAUAACUCCAACACGAGACUGGUGGUCCAAAUUGAAAAGGAUCCAGGGAAUGAUGACAAUAAUCUUAAUUCCAUCUUUUAUGAGCACCUGACAAGGGCCCUGCAGGAGUCCCUCUGUGGAGACUUAGUUCUCGGUCGAUGGGGUAACUACAGCUCUGGCGAUUGCUUUAUUUUGGCUUCAGACUACCUCAACGCUUUUGUUCACCUGAUUGAAAUCGGAAAUGGUCUUGUCACCUUUCAACUUCGAGGACUGGAAUUUCGAGGAACCUACUGCCAGCAGAGAGAGGUCGAGGCCAUCAUGGAAGGUGAUGAGGACGACAGAGGCUGUUGCUGCUGUAAACCAGGCCACCUGCCGCACCUGUUGUCCUGCAAUGCCGCAUUCAACCUCCGCUGGCUCACCUGGGAGAUCACACGAACACAGUACAUCCUGGAGGGCUACAGCAUCAUAGACAACAACGCAGCCACCAUGCUACAGGUUUUUGACCUGCGUAGGAUCCUCAUCCGAUACUACAUCAAGAGCAUCAUAUACUAUAUGGUAACGUCCCCCAAACUUCUCUUGUGGAUCAAAAACGAAUCACUUCUGAAGUCCCUGCAGCCUUUUGCGAAGUGGCAUUACAUUGAGCGUGACCUCGCAAUGUUCAACAUUAACACCGAUGAUGACUACGUCCCGUGUCUCCAGGGGAUAACACGAGCCAGCUACUGUAACGUUUAUCUAGAAUGGAUUCAGUACUGUGCGCGGAAAAGACAAGAGCCUUCCAAGAACCUGGACAGCGAUGAGGACUCCCCUCUAGUGACCCUGUCCUUUGCCCUGUGCAUCCUGGGGAGGCGAGCUCUGGGAACGGCAGCUCACAACAUGGCCCUCAGCCUGGACUCUUUCCUGUAUGGCCUUCACACCCUCUUCAAAGGUGACUUUAGAAUAACAGCACGAGACGAGUGGGUAUUUGCCGACAUGGACCUUCUGCAUAAAGUUGUCGCCCCGGCCAUCAGGAUGUCCCUGAAGCUUCACCAGGACCAGUUCACUUGCCCCGAUGAAUAUGAAGACCCAGGGGUCCUCUAUGAGGCCAUCCAGUCCUUUGAGAAGAAAGUCGUGAUCUGCCACGAGGGCGACCCGGCCUGGAGAGGCGCCGUGCUGUCCAACAAGGAGGAGCUGCUCACCCUGCGUCACGUGGUGGACGAGGGCACUGACGAGUACAAGGUCAUCAUGCUCCACAGGACCUUUCUGAGCUUCAAGGUGAUCAAGGUUAACAAAGAAUGUGUCCGCGGCCUCUGGGCCGGGCAGCAGCAAGAGCUCAUAUUCCUUCGCAACCGCAACCCGGAGCGCGGAAGCAUCCAGAACAACAAGCAGGUCCUCCGAAACUUGAUUAACUCCUCCUGUGACCAGCCCCUGGGGUACCCCAUGUACGUCUCCCCACUAACCACGUCCUAUCUAGGGACCCACAGGCAGCUGCAGAGCGUCUGGAGCGGCCCCGUCACUUUGGACGGCAUCAGGAUGUGGUUCCGAACCAAGUGGUUAAGGAUGCGGAAGGGCUGUAACGCCGGCCAGCAUGGUACAGGCAACAUCGAAGACGUGGAUGGGAGGGCUGCCCCGUCCGCAGGAGGCGGCCACGCUCCAGGCGGCGAGAGCCAGGAGAGCAGCACGGAGCAGCCCAGAAAAGAUGGGACCCACCACUGGUCACCGCACGAAGGGACACAGAGGACAGGCGGGAGGAAAGGCCGAAGCCAGUCUGUCCAAGCGCACGAGGCGUUGAGCCAAAGGCCGCCCGGGCUGAGCUCAUCGGGCCCCAUCCUAGAGAGCCACCCGGCCUUCCUGCAGACGUCCACGUCGGUCCACGAGCUGGCCCAGAGGCUCUCGGGCAGCCGGCUGUCCCUGCACACCUCGGCCGCGUCCCUGCACUCGCAACCCCCACCGGUCACCACCACGGGCCACCUGAGCGUCCGCGAGCGGGCCGAGGCGCUGAUCAGGUCCAGCCUGGGCUCGUCCACCAGCUCCACCCUGAGCUUCCUCUUCGGCAAGAGGAGCUUCUCCAGCGCUCUGGUCAUUUCUGGACUCUCUGCCGCGGAGGGGGGCAACACCAGCGACACGCAGUCGUCCAGCAGCGUCAACAUCGUCAUGGGCCCCUCAGCCCGGGCCGCCAGCCAGGCCACACGGCACCUCUCUGAGCCGUGUGAACCCACCGAGGCCACCGAGCAGGGGCAGCUUCGCGACCGCCGUCUGGCCGAGGCCAUGGCAGAGAACGGGGGGCUGAUGUGCAGGAGAGCAAGCCAGGAGGACAUGGGCCUGGACGACACGGCUUCCCAGCAAAGUGCGUCCGAUGAGCAGUAGGGGGGCAGGGCUGGCCAGAAGCCCCUCCUGUGGAAAAACGAGGGCUGCUGUAGCCAACAGUGACUGUACCUCGGCUUCUGGAAGAGUCUCACGUGAGGAUAAAACACGGGGCAGCACACCCCCUUCCCCCGACACUGCCCCAAGCCACCCCCGGAGACCCCAGACGUGGGACGCACAACACACUUUCCAGAAUUUGAAAAUUCUAACAAAAAGCCAUGUAAUAUCUUAAAUAGAGUAGAGCGCAUAAAUAACUCUUUCCUGCCCUGAAGAAACUAAGACAAGUGCAUGUUCAUAAUUGGCAUUUUAUACAUUACCGUUACCACGUUAAAGGGACAGCAGCACCCGUCGUACCAUCCGCUGGUCAAAUGCAGUAGGGUUCAAUCUACGCAUAAAGAAAACCUCACUUCUUUAUAGUAUUUAUGCAGACGUCAAGCAUAAGCCAGUGGCGGCUUUUCUGCAAGAAACGUGGUAGUGCAUGAAGUCGGGUCUAAAGUAUCCCGUGAGAGAUCCAGCGACGCUGGCGACCCACGUGUAGAAAUCUAGGCCUGUGGGGGGAGCACGGAAAGCCAUUUGGAAUCCCAUGACGCUCAACUGUAGUCCCCCGCUUCCCACAACCAGGCCUGUCUCGCCCGGCGCUCCCAUUCGCUCACAGGAAUGUU